CCACUGCCACGAGUCCAUCCCUAAACAUAAAAAUAUUUGAAAAAUCUCAAAGUGGAAAUCAAAUUAAAAAUAAAAACUAAUGUUCCUGAGGGGAUUUGCCUCUCUUGAUAUGCUUCCUCAGCUACAGAGAAGCCAGUGAAAAGGGGAGAGUGUGUGGAAUGAAGGAAAGGAGGAGGAGAUAAAAAAAAGGAGCAGAGAGAGACUGGCUGGGGGUGAAAAAACAACAGGAAACCAACCGAUUCUAAUGCUGUUUCUGUAAAUCCUUCAGACAUAAAACCGCAGACUGCCACGUCCCAGCCAAGCAACAGUCACACCAUUCCUUUUCUUUGAUCAUCACUUCAAGUUAUGACAGUCUAAAAGGACUUGAAGUUCAAAAUGUGACGUCACUUCUGCUCUCAGCCUCCAACAGUGUGGUUAGUCAGAAUGUGAGCGGAUGCAGAGUUUUGGGAGCUGAUAUCUGGGAUUUCUAUGUGGCUGCUUUUUUGACCUACAAACUCAACCUCUCUCAGGGUCAUAUGGAUCGAUCGCUGUGCGUCCAAGGAUCUGUUUGUGUUAAUCAUCGGGACUACUAACUGGAGCCACAUGAAGAAUAAAGGGACUAAGCAGAAGUCCAAAAAGAAAGGAAGUGAAAAUGCGUUCGGCUGUGACCUGAUUGAACAUCUCCAGAAUUCAGGACAAGAUGUUCCUCAGGUUCUGAAGAAAUGCGCAGAGUUUAUUGAGGAGCAUGGGAUUGUGGACGGGAUCUACAGACUGUCGGGGGUCACCUCAAACAUCCAGCGUCUCAGGCAGGAAUUCUGCUCCGAGGCGUGCCCUGACCUUACAAAGGAAGUGUACCUCCAGGACAUCCACUGUGUGGGUUCCUUAUGUAAGCUGUUCUUCAGGGAGCUACCCAAUCCUCUGCUCACAUAUGAGCUAUACAGCAAAUUCACUGAAACAGUCUUGGUCCAGGGGGAUCAUGAGAGACUUCUACGCAUUCGGGGGGUCAUCAAAGAACUGCCGACUCCUCACUUCAGGACUCUGGAGUACCUUACUAAGCACUUGGCCCACCUUGCCACCUUAAGCUCCCAGACAAACAUGCAUACACGUAACCUGGCCCUAGUUUGGGCUCCAAAUCUAUUAAGAUCUAAAGACAUUGAGGCGUCAUGUAGUAAUGGAGACAUGGCUUUCCAGCAGGUGCGGAUACAACAGUCAGUGGUUGAGUUUAUUCUAAACCACACAGAGGAGAUCUUCAGUGAUUCUGUGCAAAUCAAACCCAAAGAAGGACCGAGUUUGAUGUGUGUGGAGAAGUAUGCCACACUCCCCAUCAGUAGCCAGUGUGGGCCAAUGAAACUGAUGAGCCUGGAAGAAGCCCAGGCUCGUUCCUUAAGUCCAAACCAUCCUGUGCAUAAAGAACGUCAGCGAGAGAACAGUCUGCCUGAUACCAGCACUGCCACGCUCUACCACACCGUCAUAGACAUAUCAGACAGCAAGAGAAAGUUCUCUGGGAAAUCAAAGAAAUGGAAGUCCAUCUUCAACCUGGGACGGUCUGUGGACUCAAAGGGAAAACUGAGCCGGAACGGCAGUGUGUUAAUCAGAGCACAAGGGACAGAAAAAGCCGCUCUUCGCCCAUCCAGGAGCAUGGAGUCCUUGUGCUCCUUACCAACAGAUGAUGACAGAACAGGAAACAACAGUCCAGCUGGUGGUUCCGGCAGCGUUUACUCUCCAGAUGUAAAAUCCAGAACGCUGGGCUCUGACUCGCUGUAUGAUCUGAGUGAGCACGACCAAAACUGGGAGUUUAAAGGGAUGAGAGGUGACGGGGCAACAGGUGGCUGGAGCUCUAGCAUGGACCAAAAGGGGUUACCAGGUGCCUCUGCACCUCCUCAAAAAUCACUGCCAGAGCAACUGAAGGUGUUCAAAGGUGAUGACCUCAGCGGCUACAAGCCCACCUCUCCGAAAAACAGGAGGAUGUUGUACUCGGGCUCCUCCCACAACAGCUCCUCUAGGCCCUCCUUCCCGGGAAGCUUCUUCCCACUGGAGUCCUCACCAAGGCAUCAGCGCAGAGUCGUCAACAUAUCUGAGCCUUUUGCUGUGUCUGUACCGCUGCGCGUGUCAGCCGUUAUCAGCUCCAACAGCACGCCAUGCAGGGGGCACGCCAAGGAUAAAGCAGCUACUCUAAAACCCUGCAAAGAGAACUCAGAGCAGAGCUGCAACAGUGGAAAGAGCAACACUUUCCCCCAACUGGAACCCAAGAAGCAGGAAGGAACCGAGAAGAAAAACAGAGAGGAGAUGACUUCCAGAGUCACGUCAAAGGAUGCAAGCAAAGAAACGGUGCAAGAAGGUGAAGGAGGGAUGAAUACUUCUGAACUGGAACCAGCGUCCCCUGCAAAUGCAAGAGAAGGCAAAGAUGCAGCGCCAUCUCCUGGGAAAGAAGUGCACAACCAGCAGAUAACUAUGCAACUGGUAAAUCAUGACAAGGGAUCUUCUACUGGGAAAGAACUGUGGUCUGACCUCCACCAAGAACUGAAGAUAACUGAACCUGAAAUUGACCUGCUGGAUGAGACUUUUAAACCUGUUUUCGGCUCGAAGAGCACCUGCGAGGGCAUGAGGUUAACGAUGGAUGUUAAGUCAAAACGAAGCCGCAGCUCUCCGUCUCUGUCGUUGUUAUUUAGGGAGCAUUCUUCAAAUACCUCUCUGACUGAUCACAUAAUCACCACUGGAUCGGACUCUGCAAAGAAACAGCCUUCAGAGUCGGACAUCUCAUCUUCUCUUCACAAAAACACAGAAAAGACCUGCGCUGCUGACAUGGUGGAUAAGAAAGACAAGAAGCUGCAUCUAAAAAUCUCACCCUUAAACAAAGAUGACACCAAACAGGGUCAACUUCCUUUAAAGGAAACCUGUUUAGAUAAAGUUAUGAAUCAUUUGAUGAUAGAGGAUACUCCAACUGUUGAAGGCUUCUCAGGAGCAGAUGAUACCGACAAAAAAGAUGAGAAACGCGAAGUUCCUCAAGGAGACAAAAACGUCUCCUGUGAUGGAGCGAUGAAGAAUGUGAUUCCGGAGGUGGAGGUUAUUCAGAGACUGUCAGUGUGUUUGGAGGAGAGGAGUCACCCCUUGGAGCUGCAAAACCUCGACAACGAUGAAGGAUGUGGAGGAAACUCAGAGGAGCUGGACUUGGUGGAACCCUGGGAGGAUUUUAGCUCCAACAAGCAGUGGGUUACCAGUCCUCUCCACUCACCUGACGUGGAGGAGUUGUUUAACCAGCUAUCACCUUUCGGCUCUUGUGGGGAAACUCAGAUUUCAUCUCUUUCAGUUGAUAAAAACAAACAGUCUCUCAUUAAGAGCACUGUACACUCCUCAGGAAACAUCCCUCAGACUACCAGCAGCAAACCAGAAAUGAAAUGGAUGUAUUUGCCAUCAGGGGUCAGUGUGAACAGCAAUAACACAACACAACCUCACACAGCAAAAUGCAGCACAACGAAACAGAAGAAUACAGUGUCAUCUCAGAGGUUUUACAGACAGAUGUCUUAUGAGGCAGAGAAAAGAGAGGAAAAUUGCUUUUCUAAACACAGACCAUAUUCACUUAAUUUAGACCUGGGGCAUCGAUGCAUUAGAGACAUUUCUAAUCAGCAGAACCGUAAUUCAUCAGAGUUUUCCUCUUGUCAGAGAGGAUUACUGACCUCCUCUGAAUCUGUAAACACCAGGCUGCCCUCCGAGUUGGAGUUGUUUCUGAGUGAUCGGCAGGCGCCUCUUCGUCGAAAUUCAGCCCCAGUCAGCGUUUCAUCGGUGAGAACAGCCUUCAUGAUAAAAACAUGCCAGGCCAAAGCUGUGCCAGUUGUCCCUCCGAAGGUGCAGUACAGUCAGAUACCUCCCUUGAGACAUGAGAAGGAUUUUGACACAGCGAAGGAACAAGAAAAAGAACAUCCUAAAAUGUGUGCAGAGAAAAGCAAUGUUGCACCUCCUCCGAUGUUGUCAGAUCUAAAGGAGGAGCUGGAGAAUAAAGAGCCUGCCCCUAAACACCAAAAACACCCACAUGUUGCUGAGUCUGUGAAGACAACAACUACUCCAGAACUACCGGUCAUCACAAGGAGACACCCGCCAAGUCUGGAAGUGUUUGUAGAUUGCCCCAGACCUAACAGAGGGAACCUCUUACAAAGGCCAUCCUUUAGGAACAGGCAGAGACCUCAAAGUCUCAUCCUGCUUAGCCCUCCUUUUCCCAUCAUGGACUAUCCUCCGCCAGGAGACGACAGCAGGCUCCUUUCUUCCAUCAAGAGCCUGAACGACACAUCAGCAGUGAACGUCUUUUCUAAAGAGAUGACGGAGAAUUUCAGGACGCCGGAGGGGAUCGCCCUUCAAAACAAAAUGACUAUUCCAAAAAGUGGACAGAGGCUGGAAACAUCAACCAGCUGCUUCUACCAGCCGCAGAGGAGGUCGAUGAUAUUUGACAGCAGGAGCCACAGACAGAUUGAGUAACUGGAGGUGCAGUCACUGACAAUGAGACAGGCUAUGUGUAAAUAUAUACAGUAUGCAAGGAAACUGAAAGGAGCAUGAUAUGAUAGCCUAAUGUAAAUCAUAGUAUUUUGUGUGCUAUGAUUAAAGCAUUUCUUGAAGGAUGAAGGCUUUGUAAAUAUUCUGAAGUAUUUGAGAAAGAGUUGAGGAAGCCAUGAAGUAUGUGAAAGCCAUUUAAGCUUGACUGAGAUCUAGGGCUACAACUAAUGACUUUUCUUUUUUUGAUUAUACAUUAAUCUGCCAAUUAUUUUGUCAAACGAAUUGAUUAAUUGUUUGGUCUACAUUAUAAAAUAUCAGAAAAUAGCAACAACAAAAAGAGAGAGAUAAUUCAGUGUCACAGUGCCCAAGCUGAUGGCUGGUUUUGUCAAAAUAACAGUCGAAAACCCAAAUAAUAUUCAGUUUAUUAUCACGGAAGACUUUAAACACAGGACAAAGUUUUUGUCCAAACUUGCUUGUGUCAAUUCAGGUGCUUCAUAUUUUUUUUAUGUGUCUACAAUAUUUCGAUAUACUGGAUUCUGCUAUGGCACCCUCAGUUGUUAAAAGAGUCGGAAUAAAGUAAUGUUAAACAAACACAUCCCAUGUGUGUAAACCAUGAGUUUGUAUUGUCUCAGAUUGCGACCUCUUCACAUGAAUAUUAAUGUCUGAACUAAAUGUAUCCACUAUUAAGGGCUCUGAUUACAGGAAGUGUAGUGAAAGUUCACAACAAAAUGUAACUGAAGAACCGACAAUGUAACUGUUAAAUGAAACAGUUUUAACAGCCAUGAAUUUGAUCAUGUAGAUGAUGUGUUUAUUUAUUCCUUUAUUAACAUACACAUGAUAUGAAGGAAACUUGAAACGUAUAUACUGUAUGUGGUUAUUGGCUCCGUGAUAAGCUGAUGUCGAGGUGAUUUUUUUAAACUAAUAUUUAAAAAUUUAAAUAUAUCGCAAACUUAAUUGAUAGUAUUUACCCACAGAAGAACUUUAAUUCAUGUGUACCUUUACUUUAAUUACUUUGUAUAUUAUUAUGUUUUUGACAAUAAUGAGAACCAGCAUUGUAGAAAAGAGUAUGGGAUGUUAUUAAUAGUAAAACCCUGGAGCUGCUCCGCUGACAGUAAACUGGAGGUUGACUUUGUGCACGCUGACUGUAUUCCACGUGUUUGAGUCAAAUUCAGAUGAUGGUAUCUCCAGGUUUCUGUCUCUAUUUUUUUGGCAUAAAAAACACGGGAUCUGAUGUAUUCAGCUUUAGCGCCCAUGAACAUAACAUAGUUUGCAUGUUAAAGGAGGCUGCGGUGUAUUUUCUAAAGAUACAGACGUUAUGGAGGUCACAGUGUUUUUUAAACUGUAUUUUGGAUUAACUGAAUGAAUGAUUACAGUGUUGUAUUCAAAACAAUUUUUGAGAAAUGAGAUAUUGUUUUUUUUUUUAUUUGUUUUGUAACUUUUGUAUACUUGUUGAUACUGAAAAUGAUUGACUUAAGCAUCUAUAUUCAUCAGAAAAACAACUGAACUGAGAAUUUUAAGAUGAGGGUUUUGCCUUAAUUAUCUGAUGGCAACAUCCUAAAUAAUGUACAUAAGACAUUUGAUGAGUUUUGUUACAACAGAAAGUUAUGAGAAUAAAAGGUUCUGCAAUCACA